CCGAUGCACAGAAAAUCAAUAACAGUUUACUGUCAAACUUUUUACUGCUCACAAAGAGGAGAAAUUUUUUGCAUGGCACAAACCUUGUGAAAACUGUCGGGAAAUUUUAUCCUAAUUCUCACAGUAAUUUAUUUUUACUUCCGUCUUCGUGUUACUAUCAAAGUGUCACUAUUAGUUAUUGCUUGGGGCCGAUUACAGGACAAAAAUUGGCCACGGAAAAUCGGGUCUAGUCAACAAUAGGAACGAUGAACAUAAAAAUGCCAGAUUUCGAUGUUAAAAAGUUCGUGAAGGAUGCGGGAUCCACACUUUCCCGAGUCGUACAGCUCACUGAGGAAAAGCUUGGAACUUCGGAAAAAACAGAAAUGGAUUCUCACUUUGAGAACCUAAGCGAGCGGUCCGAGUGUGCCAAAACGUGGACCGAAAAGAUUGUACGAGACACAGAAGCAGCCCUUAUACCGAAUCCAGCCAACAGGGUAGAGGAUUUCAUAUUUGAGAAGAUAGAAAAAGCGAAGCCGAAGCGAUUGAGCAAUCUCGAGUAUCUGGGUCUGGACAUGAUCGAAGGCGGUGGCGAGUUCGGACAGGACGGUGCCUACGGUAGUGCGUUGAUCAAAGUUGGUCAAGCCCAACAAAAGUUGGGUUCAUGCGAGCGUGAUUUUAUCGGCUCAGCCGGACUGUGUUUUAUUCAGCCACUGAAGAAGUUUUUGGAAGGUGAAAUGAAGACCAUUACCAAAGAGAAGGGUAUUUUGGAAAGCAAGAGGCUGGAUCUGGAUGCUUGCAAGAAUAAAGUGCGCAAGGCUAGAAGCAUGCUGGGACAGCAAACGAAGGACGGAAUUUCGCCCGAAGUUGCUCUCGAGCAGGCUGAACGUGAUCUAAGAGUAGCUCAGUCGGAAUUCGAUCGCCAAGCAGAGAUUACGAAACUUCUUCUGGAAGGAAUUAGCACAACACAGGCAACACACCUGCGACAUUUGCAUGCUUUCGUUGAGGCCCAAGUCCGUUACUACGGACAAUGCAAUAAAAUUAUGAGUGAUCUGCAACGGGAAUUGGUCAGUCUGGGAGGUCCACAGCCGUACGUCCCGGUGGCAGGAUACGAGGAGGACGAUGCGAACCAUCUCUCCGGUCGUGCAAACAACAUUGAACUGGGCGGUAGUCCGGGCUACAAGCGAGCUCGCGUUCUCUGCUCCUAUGACGCCAAAGAUGGCACCGAGCUGAAUCUAACAUCGAACGAGGUGAUAUUUGUGUGUGAGUGCAAUCCUCCGAACAGUGACUACAUGAACGGAAAACAGGGUCUGCUCAAGGGUUUGGUACCAAAGGCUUUCCUGGAGAUAUUAGAUGAGUAAUUCGUUAGAAUUGCAACAUUUACUUAGUUUGGCUAAACGAAUCUGAGAAGAAACACAACACUGCUUUAACAGAUUUUAUUUUUUUUACGUUUUUAUCAAUCAUCAGAAUUGCUGAUUUUUACUAGUUCAAGAUUCUUGCAAAUAUAUAAAUUGUUACGCCUGGUUGCGUCAAACACAGGCAAUAUUAAGUGAUUAAGUUAAAAAAACGAACUAUCAGUUUUGCUUUCAGAGCACCCAAAUAGCUUCUUAGUGCGUAGGAAACAUUUCAGAGUGUGUUAAACAAGUUUUGAACGAAAACGGCGUCAGUUAUUACGAUCGAGUGAAACGUUUAGAAUACGCUUGAUGGACACUAUUUUGUCAAUUAAAGUUUCAAAUUACCACACGGUAGAGAAUACCAAUAACUAAUAACGAUAACAAAAAUGAACAACAAUGAAAGAACAAUAAUAUAAAACAUUCCUCCUCAUGAAGUUAUAUGAAAUUAGGCAUACAUCCCCCUCCUCAGUUGAACAAUAUUUGUGUAAUCGUGUGGCACGAAAUAUUGAAUUAUACCGAUGUUAAGAAUAUCGUAGAAACGAUGAGAAUCAUACAAAAGACAUGGCCAUAAGCUUCAUCGAAUUAAUCCUUACUUGUUCUGCACCUAAUGCGAAGGGGAUGGCUGGAAUAAGCAAUGAAGUUUACGGUUAGUACUCGUUCACACUUAAUCUCUCUUAUCUACACAAUAUCGUCUAAUGGAACCUGACAACACAACCCGAACAUAUUGUUUCUCAGCUCCUUUGUAAUGAUAUUAACGACGAACAAAUGAUGUUAUUUAUUAAAAUUUCUAGCAUUAAGCAACUAUAAUAGUAUACUCAAAACUAUUGCUACCCUGUAACGCGUAACAUAAAGCGAAGAUGGAACGCGAAAGAGUGAACACAGAAUGAAACGAUUUAAGAAAUCUGGAAAGUCAAUAUAUUUUAACCUUCUUCCAUUACGUGUUAAUGUUUGUCGAAAACUUUUAUCUUGCUAGCGUAUAGCUUUCCCAGUUUGUGAACACUCAAUGCUACGAAACAAUAAAAAUGUUUAAAUUGA